CUUCAUUCUCUCUUCUGCGCUGCACCUUGUCCCGUCUUCGCCUGUCGUGCUCGGCUCUGACUGUUUGUCCAGCCGCCUUUGCCAAAGGCGCUUACGCUUUAAGUCCAAACUACGCCCCCCGCUGUCGCUUCCCCUCGAAGGUAUGGCGCAGCGUUUCUCCUCCGCGCUCGCCGUCGUGCUCGGCGCAGCCAGCCCCGUGAUGCGCGCGGAGGGGGCCUACUCGACGCUGUCGGUGGACCAGGCGGCCGCCUACGACGCGUUCCGGCUCCAGCACAGGGCCGGCGAGGAUGCCAAUGAGGACCUCCCCGACCACGUCGGCUACGCCAUUCGCGCCGCGCUCUUCCAGGCUUCCCGGUCCCUCCAGAGGGC